AUGCAUCGGCAAUGUCUGCACCGAAACGAAGCCGACUUGCGACAGGGUGGUGACAUCCACUCGCAAAUUUGUCAACAUUGUCGGAGUGCUGGUGUUCAAUGCGACCGCACAAUAAUCCGGUUUCGCAGUGGGUUGGCAUUGUCCAAAAACCAGGAUGAUGCAUUUCCAGAUCACCAGGCCUGGCCACGACUACAUGGAAAAGUCCGCUUCCAUGAUGAGACUCCAGAGAUAGUAAACCUAUAUUUGAGCUCCCGAGAGGAUGACCACGAUCAUUGGAUUCAGAAUACAGAGAAGAGCCCUAGCCCAGAGGAAAGAAACACACGCACGCCAGGACUUUCUCCAAGCACGCAACAGCAGCACAUCAAUCAUAUCUCACCACAAAGGCCGCAUGAUCCUAUCGACGUUUCACCUUCUAGUGUAUCAUUCUACUCCACAUCUACCACGCGGACAAGCUCAAAGCCAUUCCAGCCUUUCACCGAGAGAGAAGCUAUUUUGGUGCGGAAUUUUGUGGAAAAUAUGGCUCUUUGGGCUGAUAUCACCGACCCGAACCGGCACUUUGAAGUAGAUGUGCCCACCAGAGCCUUCAAUCAGCCUGUUCUACGCUAUGCAAUCUUUGCUUUUUCAUCUCGCCAUUUGAAUAGGAAAACAGAUAACGCAGCAGAAGCACUACAAUAUCAUAAUCUUUGUGUGCAAAUUCUCAUCCCCGCGCUUUCUGAUCCCGAAGAACAUAUAACUGAAGAUAUUCUAGCCGCGGUGGCUAUUCUGCGGCAACAUGAAGAAAUGGAUGGGGAGGAUAAUCAAUUCCACUUAACAGGAACGACUCAUAUUUUAAACACCGUUUCCACAUUUGGCUCCUCGGGUGGUUUAGGGGAAGCAGCAGCUUGGCUUUGUUUGCGUCAGGACAUAUACGUUUCUUUGACCACUCGGCAACCCCUUCGAACCAAUUUGGAGAAUUUCUACGACUCGGACAUCUUCCAGCGAGAUGACGAUUUUGCAUGGUCUAGUCGAAUUGUGUUCUUACUCGCCAAAGUGCUUCAAAGCGCGUUCUCCGACUCCUCCAUAGUCAAUACUAUCAACGACAAGGUGGAGGCGUGGUUCAGCUCGAAACCACUUACAUUUGAGCCAGUACGACUUGUACCCCGUGGAUCAGAGAGUGAUCGACGGUUUCCAGCUAUUUGGAUGUUAUUGCCUGUGCAUGUCAUUGGUCUACAAUACUACCACAUUGCCAAGAUAAUAUUGACACUGUCCGAAUUUCCUCCAUCAUCGUCCGCAUACGACAGUUUGCGACAUUCCCGCAUGAUUGAAGUCAGACAUCCCUCAGAAAAUGGUGGAGCAGUUGCUAAUAAUCUACGCUCGCUACAGAAAAACGUUCGUCAUCAUCUCCUUACAAUACUUGGCUUAGCACAGUCAAACUCUCGAGCCGAAAACACACUAUUCACUGCACGCCACAGUCUAGUCGCUUGGGGCUGGGUGCUUCGACAUCGCAGUGACCAAGAGGCAGCAGUGGCGCUCCUUCAUGAUAUGCACGCGAGGACAGGAUGGAAUAUGGAUGGGUUGGUUCAAUCACUGCGACAGCAAUGGCAAGAUGAAGAUGUUAUCUAUGAAGGGUGA